UCCAGCUGGAUCAUGCUCAUACUGGCAUCGCCCUCAGCCACGGUGAACAGGGCACGGAAGUGUGUGCUGCAGGCCGCCAGGACGGAUUUGUGCGCUUUGAAGUGGCGACUUCCCACCACAAUCACGCAGUCGCAUAACUGCCCAUGCACACGCUGGUAGUUGAGCUGCUGGAAGAUCUGGUCAAAGUGCCCUGGAAAGUCCAUCACCUGUGGGAAACCGAAAAGGAGGAUCAGCUAGACGGCAGCUGAAUGCCUUGGUCCAUCCCAUUUAAAGUCUGCAAACAGAAUAAUACUACUCUUUUCUUGUUCCACUUUCUUCCAGGCCUACUUGUUUCGAGCGAUUUGAUUCGCAGUAACACUACUACUGGAUGUCAUCACUUCACCAUAAAAAGAUGGUCGACUAACACAACAGAAUACUAACUAGAUCAUCAGUAGGCUACACUCCAGACCUCAAGGUGUCGCACUUCUUUGGCUGAUAAUCCUUCCCUCUUUCGUUCGCCACCUUUCAACAACAACAAUGGCGGCUUCCAGUUACACUUGGAAGUAUUGUGAGGAAGAGAAAGAAGACGACAAUGUUGUUGUGUUACAGUUCUCGAAUGGGAACGUGAAGAGUACAGACCAACUGGAUUUCAACUAUUACAAGAAUGUCCUUGCUAGCAACCCAAGAAAAAGGAAUCGACGUAUCCUGGUGGCGGAGUCUAACAGAUUGUCAUAUGUAGGGAACAACUUCGGCACAGGAUCUUUGCGAUGCAACAGUUUGUGCAAGUACUAUGUGGGAGUCCUGGAUAAGACAAGCAUGCAAAUGGAUGUGCACAGUGCGCAACUCUUCAACAUGCAGCCUCUCAUUCCAGGAGAAUCCAUGCCCGUUGAUGAACCUGACACCAAAAAGUCUUACAGACAUAAGGUGGAUUCUCUGAUUGAGGCGUUUGGAACAACAAAACAGAAGCGUGCUCUGAGCUCUCGUCGGAACAACCAGGUUGCUGAUGACUCUCUGCAGCAGGCUGUGGCCCAAGCUGCCAGUAACAUUAUUGAGCAGAAAGGCGUAGAAGUCCUCCAACAGGAGGUGGCGGAUUCAGAGGCUGUGACGGACACAGUGCUGUACCUGCCUGUGUGUAACCCAGAGGCAGAUACAGAGGAAGAUGUUUAUCCAUUUAAUGAGUUGCUUUCUGAUGUAGAGUAUGCUGCGCUGGAGUCUGUUGGAAAGAAAAUGGCUGGACUCACCUCAGAAGAGCUGCUUAAGAUGAGAGAACAGGGCUGUCCUCAGACAGUGAUGCGACAUUUGGAAGUGAUGCCAGUGGAUCCAAAGGCUCGUGACAGACAGGCGAGAUGUCUGUGGUAUCUCUCCCUGCUCAUUAAAGUAGCACAUCAGAAAUUCAUCUCUCGCAAAUUUGGUUCUGAGGAUGACUGUCCGAAGAUCAUCAUAAAUAAAGUGAUGAAGACCUUCACAGUGGAAAGUUUCAGUCAUGGCAGGGUCAAAAACGUUGUGGCUUCCUCAAUGCGAAUAAAGCUGGCCUCGUACUGUUUGGCCCUACUUCUACACAUAGACCACCAGACUGCCAAUCUCACCCGACUGCAUCAGGACCUUGGCUUGCAUGACAGCAGGAUGAUUGAAGUAGCAAAGUCCAUGGGGCUGAAGUUGAGCAAGAUGCCUGCAGAGUGCGCGGACCAGGCUGGAUUUGAAGAGCACAGGAUUGCCACCCUGCAACUCCCUCUCAUGAAGUACGAACGAUUUACACAGACUAAGAAACGCAAGAAACUCCGAUAACAGCUGCUGGGAGGAAUGUGGACCAACCAAUUUGUUAAGGAUGCAGAUAUUUUUUAUGUAAAAAUAUGCCAAAUGAACACCUAAUUCCUUUGGUUACAUUAUACCUUCUGGGGGGAAAAAACUGUCUGCUGAGUUGAUUAUAAAAUGAUCAAAACAUUGAAA